UUCCGUGAGCACAGCAGUGGUCGAUGCCAAGAGGGUCGCGAUGGGAUUCUCGGGGGCUACGGCAGUACCUUAGGCCCAACCAAAUUGCCCCUACUGUCUUUCAGAGACAGACUCACAUUUCCUUCAGUCUUCGGCAUGGCGGAGCCUGAGUGGCUGGUGCCAGACACGGGUGCUGUGUUUACAUUCGGAAAAACUAAAUUUGCUGAAAACCACCCUAGCAAAUUCUGGUUUAAAAAUGACAUACCCAUAUGUCUUUCAUGUGGAGAUGAACAUACUGCUAUUGUAACAGGAAAUAAUAAACUUUACAUGUUUGGCAGUAACAACUGGGGUCAGUUAGGAUUAGGAUCAAAGUCAUCUAUCAGCAAACCAACAUGUAUCAAAGCUCUUAAGCCUGAAAAAGUGAAACUUGCUGCCUGUGGAAGGAACCACACCUUAGUUUCAACAGAUACAGGCAGUAUAUAUGCAGCUGGAGGAAAUAAUGAAGGACAGUUGGGGCUUGGUGAUACUGAUGACAGAGACACUUUUCAUCAAAUUGGCUUCUUUACAGCUAACAAUAGCAUUAAACAGCUCUCUGCUGGCACUAAUACAUCAGCUGCACUAACUGAGGAUGGAAAACUUUUUAUGUGGGGUGACAAUUCUGAAGGGCAGAUUGGCUUAAAAAACAAAAGUAAUGUGUGUAUACCUCAUGAAGUGACUGUCGGGAAGCCAAUUUCAUGGAUCUCCUGUGGAUAUUACCAUUCAGCUUUUGUAACAACGGACGGAGAACUAUAUACAUUUGGAGAACCUGAGAAUGGAAAAUUGGGCCUUCCCAAUCAGCUGCUGAUCAAUCACAGGUCACCCCAGCGCGUGGUGGGAAUUCCUGAGAAGGUGAUUCAAGUAGCCUGUGGUGGAGGGCACACUGUGGUUCUCACAGAAAAACUUGUGUAUGCUUUCGGCCUGGGACAGUAUGGUCAACUGGGACUUGGCACUUUUCUUUUUGAAACAUCAGAACCCAAAAUCAUUGAUCGUAUUAAGGAUCAGAAAAUAAGUUAUAUUUCCUGUGGAGAAAACCAUACAGCCAUGAUGACCGAUAUAGGGCAUAUGUAUACUUUUGGAGAUGGCCGACAUGGAAAAUUAGGACUUGGAAUGGAGAAUUUUACCAAUCAGUUUUUUCCUACUUUGUGCUCUAACUUUUUGAAAUUUACAGUUGAAUUGAUUGCCUGUGGUGGAUGUCACAUGCUAGUUUUUGCCACUCCGCGACUUACUUCAGCAGAUGACCCUGAAUAUGAAGAGGCAUAUGAGCCUUACCUAAAUAUGUGUUCUUUGGCCAUAAGUGACCUCUCCCCAGGAACUUCUUUAUCAGCACGUUUGCGUCGAAGAGAGCGGGAGAGACCCACAUGCCCUACUUCAAUGAUGGGAACACUGCCUCCAUUAGAUGGGACUUCUGCCUCCGUUUCAACUUCUCAUUUUCCCCCUAAUUCAAUCCCUUUCCGUUCAUCUGUGAAUAGUUACCAAGAGAAAAGCCUCUCGGACUCCAUGGAGCCACUUUGCUCAGAUUAUUAUGAAGAUAAAAUGAACAAAGAGACAGAGACAGACAAUUCUUCUGCAGUAGAUUCAGAAAACUUAGAUGAAACUACUGAUGUCUUAAAUAUGACACAUAUGGUGAGCCUGAGUUCCAGUGAGAAGUCAUUAAAAUUUUCACCAGUUCAAAAUUUUCAACAGAAUCAAGACACGGUUGAGAAAGUGAUGGAAAGUACAGCUUAUACUGAAAAUGAGGAUAGUUAUGAAUAUGAAGAAAUGUCAAAAAUAAAAGAAGGGACAUUAUACAAACAAUAUUUAGCAAAAGGGAUCUUCAUGGUACGAGCAACUGAGAUUAUGGAAGCAUUUUCAGAUGAGGAAGUAGAUAAUGACCUAGACCAUGUGGGGUCUGAGGUCAACACUGAUGAAGAGGGCUUACAAAAAGAGGAAAUAGAAAAGGAAAGUGAUGAAGAAAUAGUCUCUGAGAAGCAAACUGAGGCGAUGAGAAUGGCAGGUAUGAAAAAUACUUUAAAAGAGGAAGAGAACUCAAGACCAGAUUCCGAUUUUGAUGACUUACCAGAUAAAGACAUGAAUUCUGAAACUGAAGAGGCUAAAGAUAUUUUUCAGGAAAGGAAAAGCAGUGAGCAGAGUUUGAUUUUUGACAGUGAAACAGAAAUGGUAGAAGAACCAGACAGUUACAUGGAAUGUGAAAGGCACAGUCAGCAAGACAGAGCUAAGGAAUUGGAACAACCCAAGCCAAUAGAACCUAGCAGUGAAGAGAAAGAUGGCGAUGAACUGGAGCUUGAGUCUUACUUAUGGUACAGCAGGAGUUGUGCCAAGCAAGGAAGUGAGACUGAGAACAGAGCAACCAGAUUUGUUUCAAAAUAUGAUCUUAAGCAUGACCACUUGUCAGGGAUACCAGAGGAACAGGAAGGACCAGAUGAUUCAGAAGGGAGUGUAGAAGUGGAGCAAUUGGUACAGGUUCAAGAUGAAGACGUGGAAUUGGAAUCAGAAAUGGAGGGGGCAGAAGCAGAAACCCUGUCAGACAUCUUUACAGAAAAAUCGGAUGAGCAUAUUUCAGAAAUUGUGGAACCAGAACUAGGACCCAUGGAUGAACAAAUUAAUGUAUACCCAAAUAUAGAAGACAUUUUAGAAGAAGAAAGGAAGGAAAAAGAGAAUGAAAUUUUAGAAGAAGAAAGCUUACCUGAAGACGGCCUUCCUGAAUUAGAAAGCUCAGAAGCUACUGAUACUGUUGAUGACAACCCAGCUGAAAUCUUUAAAGAGGAAGAUGGUGUCACCAUGCUGCAACGGACCCUUAGUAUGUACAAUGAAAAUAUAAAAGGACACAUGUAUGAUCGUAUAAAGAGCAGUUCCUCAGAAGUUCUGGGAGGUAAUGAUCCAACAAGUAAAGAAACAAAAAAGUCUAAAAAGAUUUCCUUCUUCAGUCGGAUAUCAUUGACAGGUCCGAAAAUUACGAAGAAUACUAAUGAUCCACUCCCAGAGAUAAAGCCAAUAGGAGAUCAAAUAGCCUUACAAAGUGAUAAAAAAGAUGCCAUCCAGAAUCACAUGGGUCAAAAUCUUCGGGAAACUACAACACCAAAUAUGGAGGGAAAGUCCAAAUCCUGUACAAUACUAUAAAUGUAUGUUUAUGUUUCCCUGGUCACCAAGCACAUUCGUUUUUUUUUAUACUUGAAAAAUGUUGUGACUUCUGAAGGAAAUUUUCUGAUAACACUAUUUAAAAGUUAUAAAUUAAUAUGUUUUGAAUAAGAUGAACAGUUUUAAUAUUUAUUUAUGCUAAUAUUCUUAACAGCAGUUUCCAAAAUUCAUGUACCUCCAACUUUGCUUGAAGUGUUCUUGCCUUAACUGUUCAGUGUUGCAUAAUACAAUAUAUUUUUAUAUUUGAAAAAUGAAUGAAGAUAUUACAUAGUUUUGCUAACAGAGUUAUCAUACUUUGUAAUUUCCUAAGACAAUGUUCAUGAUCUUACAACACUGGAACAGUUUUGAAUAUAUUCACAACAUUUAAGAACAGGUAAAAUUGUAAUGAACUUAUUUUAAUAAAUUAUAUCUGGUUGGUUCUGCUAUUAAAAUGAAUAAGGUAUUUGGGUAUAUUCAUUGAUCAGUCAAUAAGGGGAAAAAUUAAUUUUGAAUAUCAAAGGAGGGAGGUGGAGAGAGCAUUUGAUUCUCUUACAGAGGACUUGAGUUUGUUUCCCAGCACCCACAUGGUGCUCACAACUGCUUAUAACUCCAGUUCCAGGGAAUCUGAUACCUCUUCUGAUCUUUGCAGGUACCAAGCAUGCACAUGUUGCACAGACAUAUAUGUAGGCAAAGGGUCUAAAAAAAUCUGAAUUCUUUUAAAUCAAAGGGCACAAAAUAUGUUUAUCCCUGUCAAAGAUGUGAAUCAUCUAGAAAAUUUGGCCCUGCCACCAAUUAAAACCUUAAGAGACCCAAAAGAAUCAGGCCUAUUCUCUUCAGCUGUCUCUAACAAUGACAUUUGCCACCUUAUGACCCAAGCACCACAAAAUGCAUAGGAGUUAUGGCAAAUCUGCUCUGAUGGGAGCUUUGCUUCCUGCUUACACUGUGUUUUCAAAAAAAAAAAAAUGAACCACAAUCACCUCUCCUAUCCUCCCUUGUAAAUGAAACAUGCCACUUGUCAGUUACAGUGAACGUUGUCCCAUUUAAACAAAGAAAACAGAAUCCCAUAUCUGUAUUUUUACCUACAGGGUAAAAAAACAAACAAAUCAGUGUUCAUUGAAAUGAAUAUGGUUUUGAAAUCUUAAAAAAAAAAAUACUUUUCUGAGUGGAUAUUACACUUAGUAGAUGUCUUAUUUUAUUAAAGGCAAAUACAAUUUGAAAACUUGGGUUAAUGAAGGUACAGUACCAGUCUGAUACUAUAAAAGUAUCUGAAGCAUACGCUCUAAGAGCUAAGGGGAAGUAAAGCUCAAAAAUGGUACUAAGACACGCUAUUUGUAGUUGAUAGAAUUCUAAGGUGAUCACUGAUAUUUGUGUUGGUGCCACAUGCCUUGAAUAAUCCCUUUCCUCUGAGUAUGGGUGAGACCAGACACUAUGAUAGAAUGUCACUGCCUUGCUUAUGUUACGUGUGUCUCUUAGGAAAUUUUGCAGAUAUAAUGAAAAUUCAUAGUCACUUUACUUAAGUUAGACUUUCAAAAGGAGCUAAUCACAGAUGGCCCUGACCUAUCAGCUGAAUCUUACCAAGAAAUCAUGAGUGGUCAAACAUAGAUGUCAAGAUCCUUGUUGGCCUGGAAAAGACCAACUGCCAUAUUUAUAUCAGAGAGCAUAGGAUAGCCUCAGGAAUCUGAGCACUUGCCAUUCUGCAAAUUUUGGGAAAUGAUUUCUACCCAGAACCAGUGAGCCUAGGAGAGGAAAACUGUCCGCAGAUUAGCGCAUAGCCUUGGCUGGCAUGCUGGGUAAAGUUUUUAGAGACCUUGAGCAGAGGACCCAGUGGAGCAAUAGUGGAACAAUGUUCACACUUCUGACCUUCAAAAAUUAUGAAAUAAUGGGUACAUGUAGGGAGUUUUUAUCUGCUAAAUUUAUGGUGAUUUUCUUUAAAUUUUUUGUAAAAAUCUCUCUGUGUCUGUGUGUGUGUGUGUGUGUGUGUGUGUGUGUGUGUGUGUGUGUGUGUGGCUAAGCCAUAGUCACAUACCAAAUUUUGUCAAUCAAGUUGUGGUCUCAAUUCUUUUCUUUCUUUCUUUCUUUCUUUCUUUCUUUCUUUCUUUCUUUCUUUCUUUCUUCUCCUACUUCUCCUACUUCUCCCUCUCUUCCUCCUGUCUUCUCUGUUUUAAGCAAUUGCAAUGUUUUGCUAAGAGAAAUUAAAUUAACAAGAAAAUCAUGUUGAAAUAAUUACGCCUUGGAUUUAUCUUGGCUAUAAUAAUCACUAAUGUGACAUUAAAUUUGAAUCGGGAAAUGAUUGUUUAAAAACUAACUAGAAAAAUUUUGAUUUACCUCAAUAAUUUCAAAAUUUUCAUUGCAUACAUUCCUAGUGAGUUCCAGGCCAGUCAGGGCUAUAUAGUGAGCCUGCCGCCAGAUCACACAUAAAGUCUCACUGACAUGACUGCCCAAAUGUGAACUGAAUAAACAUGAUACCCAUAAAUAUACAAAACUACAUGGUGAGUGAGAGAGCCCCCAAGGCCUCAGAUCUACACAAUGUACUACAGGAAAUUGAAGAAAGCUCUAAGCGUAGACGAGGUGACCUUCCCCAGGGAAGGGUACACUAAUUGGUUGAUCAGUGCCAAAUGCUCUACCCUAAAAACAUACAUACAAGUAACAUUCUGAAUACUGAGCAGGUUAUAUUUAGGAAUGUAAUGUAUAUUUGCAUACCUAUAUGCAUGUGAUAACAAUUAUUGAAAAAAAAGAGGCCAUGGAUUUGAAGGAUAUUGGGGAUUGGGUAUAUGUGAGGGUUUAGAGGGAAGAAAGGGAAGGAAGAAAUUAAUUAAAUUAUGAUCUGAAAAAUAUUUUUUUUUAAAUCCAGAAAAUAAGAUAAUGUACUAAAACAACUAUUACAUUAGAAUUCUAAAGAGAGAAAAUUUGUUUCAAAAAUGUGAAUACAUUUCACGACAAAAGGUAAGAUUUAGUUAUAUCAAGUAUACACUAAAGUGAUAAUAGAUAUUCUUGUGUUACUAACUCAGUAACUCUUAAUGAGUUAGGAUUAUCUUCCUUCCCCAGAGGACAUUUAGCAACAUCUAGAGAUACUUUUGGUUGUGGCAAGUCAGUAGAGGCAGAGGGAGGAAGUUACUCCUGCAAAACAGCCCACCCCAUACACAAUUCUCUUCAAAACAUCAAUACUGACAUUUAAAAUAACCUAUCAUCGUGAAAACAAGUUAGGUUCUCAUAGAAAGCAUUUAAAUAUUUUAUAGUAGCUUCAUUCACAAUCUCCAGACCCAGAAAACCCAACAGCCUUCUACGGUGAAUGGAAAGUAGAAUGUAGCAGGUCCAUAGAUCAAAAUACUAAACUAUAAAAAGAUAUACUCUCUUUAUAUAUACACCCAUUCAAGUGAAUCAGAGAAGUAUGGUGGGCUAAAGAAACUAGGCCCCACUGGUUAACCACUAUAUGAUUCUGUUUCUGUGGCAUUAUCCUAAAUACAAAACUAACAGUGGGAAACAAAUCAAUGCACAAACAGAUGUGACUUUAAAGAGCACUGGACAAUAUUUUGGUAAAACUGUUCUCUAUUCUGAUCUGGGUGGUUAGUGAAUGAAAAUAAAAUGUGUACAGUUCAUAAAAUUAUAAAGCUAAACUGGGCCAUUGGAUUAUAUGUUGAUUUAAAAAUCUAUAAAAGAUAUAAAUCUUAAACAACUCAGUUCAAUAAAUUAAAUCAAAUGGAUGGAAAUCAUUUAAGAGCCAUAGAACUCAAGGAAGAGACAAAAAAAUCUAUGCUUUGCUUGUUUCUUAUCCAGUAAGUCAAAUGAAGUCAUUUGGAAAUAUGUUCUUUGCAUUUACUUAUGUUGCAGCAGUGUGAAUGAGAAUUAUCAUGAGCAUCCAGAAUGCUAUAUCUCACAAGCUGAUUCCUACUAAUCAUUAACGUUAUCAUUAAUGUUAUGUCCACGUUGUUGUCCAUGAAAAACAAUUUUUGCAUUAAUGUAUGUCGUUUAAGUGCUAUUACAAAUCUGAAUUGGUUUGUAUUAUAAAAUUUAAAAUGUGAGGAUGUCAUAAUUCACCAAAGGUAAGAACAUGGCUUUGUCAUUCAGGAACUUGUCUCUCUGGUCACCAAGUAACCUUGGCAUUUUCAAUGGGCUUAAUCUAUAGGCCUGAAAGUAGCAUGUGUGCUUUUUGCCCACAGUCCAUGAGCACGUGCCCAACAUUCUGCAUGGAAAAUCAGAAAAUGGAGGCUCCUUUGUAAGUUCAGGAAGACAAGAAAAUUGUCAUAAUUUGAUAUUCUUGCUCUAUGUGCCAAUAAAAAGUGAAUUCAUGUGCUUUCACAAUAAACUGAAUA